AUGGCUAGAUGGGCCGACACGGCACGACCCAUCGAGGCACGUCUAAUACACGGGGCAUGUCGUGCCGCGAUCAAGCCCUCCCUUGCAUUCCCUGAGCAAUCCGAAACUGCACCCCCGGGUUCACGAGACAGGAACUCGAGCCUCCAGUGCAUCUUUGCAAUGGUUUUAGAUAUGGCACCACGAGGAAGAUCUCCGAAGCAUGUGUGCAACAAGUGCUAUAAGAACUUUCCUUCAGGGAGGGCUCUUGGAGGCCACAUGUCACUCCACUGGCGCAAAGUGAAGCAGCCAAAGGGAACACCAAGCCCUCCUGCCACUGUUGUCGACUUGAAUGUGUCGCUGCUGAGUCCAAGUGAUGAGGAGAUUUUGCUGUGGUUCUCAGGAACACAAUGCCAGCUGUGCUCAAAGGUGUUCUCUGCCUGCGAUUCUCUGAGGAAGCACAUGAGAGAGCAUGGGGAGAAGAACGUCCUGAGUAAGCCCGUCGAAGAAGCAGCUGGGCUGAUGGAAGCUCGGGCCAUUGCUGGUGGUGGCUGCAAUGUCCUGUUAUCCCCUGUGAAGCGCAAGCGGUCAAAGAGGGGGGCACCACCACUCAAGUUUAAUGAGAUGGAUGCUGCAGCCUCUCUCCUGCUGCUUUCAGAGCAUUCUAGCAAGAUUUCAGCUAAUGAAGAUUGCUAUACAGAAGUUAUGGACAGUUUGCCCCCCAAUGUGUCGAAGGAUGUGAAGCUGAAUGCUUUUGGUCAUCAACUGGUUCGAUCUGCUGAGUUCAAGAAGCCGAAAGGUUGCAAGUGUUCAUCUUAUGAUAUUUGCUAUGGGCAAUGUGUUAUGGACACCAACUUGAUCCCCAAUGUUGCCAAGGAAAAAACUUUGAUCCCUAACAUUGCCAAGAAUUCAGCUUGUGAGGAUUGCUUUGGACAAUGUGAGAAGGACAGCAGCUUGAUCCCCAAUGUUGACAAGAAGGAAAGAAGUUUGAUCGCCAAUAUUCCUGAGAAGGACAACACCUUGAUCUCCAUUGUUCUUGAGGAGGUAGAGCUGAAUGUGCUUGAUCAUGUGCUGGCUGGAGAUGCUGAGCUUAGGAAGAAGCAAAGAACUGACAAUUCAGUUGAGAUGAAGUGUGCUGAUCUUUCAGCUGCAGUGAAGGUCAAGAGGCACCAGUGUAAUGCCUGUGGGAAGUCAUUUGGGUCAGGGUCAGCGUUGGGAGGCCACAUGAGGUGGCACCUUCCUAGAUCCAAUGAUCGCCGUCAUGGGUUCGCCGAAAGCCCUGAUUCUGUUGUGAUGAAAGAGCAAAAGCAGAAGCUUGAAUUGGGCGCCAAGUUUCUUGAUCUCCGACUUCCAGGUCUCACUGACAUCACUAUUUUCUCGGGCUUGAAAUCUGAACCUGAGCCGUGGCGUGUUGCAAGCAGUGUUCACUGA